CUAUCCUCCUGAUCCCGAUCCCCAUCCAUGGACGACAAACGACAAGAUUGGAACAUGAUCGCGGCUGAUUGCUUCGUGUUAUCGUGUUGCUGCCAAUGCUUGAUCUUGCAGAUCCUCGUCUUUCUUUUACUCAAACUUCCAACCAAACUUUUCAGAAAAACAAAGGAAUACAUGAAGAGGAAGUUUGGAAUACGAAGGAGAGUGGCUCGUUGUGCAGCAGCGGUUAUUGGGCGGCAGCGGCCACAGCCACGGCGGAGGAUUAUGGUGGAGGAUUUGCGGCGGGAUGGUUGCAUGGAGGAAGUUGAGAAGGUGUUAUCGGAAAUGUACAAGAAGGGUGAGUUUGGAUUUGGGAGCUUUUGGAGGGGAGAUGAUGAUGAUGAUGAUGAUGAAGGAUUGGUGGAUGAUAAUUUUCGAAUACGUUUUGUAAAUCAGCAACAUGGAUAUGAUGGAAAUUAUCAAUUUAUUCAAGUAUUUGGCCCUCUUACAAUGCAUUCAAUCUAA